AUGGGUUCCAGAGUAUCUACGAGAAGGUUGCCUGAAACCGCCUCUAAGGCAGUGAAUGCGAAGAAAUCUUCAAUAGUUAAUCAACUUCCAACUCAAUCAUUAAAAAACAGCUAUGAAAAGCACUCGCAAGAGGAAAUGCAAAGACAAGCAUUUUUGGAUCCCAAGCAAGAAGGACACCUGAAGAAUGAUGAAACUUCAAAGAAAGAGACGUCAGAAGGCGGAAGCACACAGCUGCAUAGUCAAUUAUCGCAAAAUAACACUCAAAGUUUCGGAAGUUCGGGUCGUCGAACAGACAUUGCAACAAGUUCGAAUAACGUUCCGGAAGGCAAAGAUGGGUAUGACCCUCAAGUGUCACCAGAGCAGGAGAAGUAUUUCAUUGAUUCUAUAACCCAGCUUGGAAAGCAAGUUCAUUCUACGUCGCAAACAGCAAGGUCCAGACCAGAUUCAAUGGCAUUAAAGCAACUCCAAUUCCGCAAAAGUCUCUUUCAAAAGGGCCAAAAAGAGCUCGAACAGCAAAAAGAUCCACAAGGACCCAUGAUGAGCGGCGGAGCCAACGGUGGUGGUUCGGUCGAACGUACCAUGAUUCAUCCAAGAACAUUGGGAGCAAUAUUGAAAGAUCUCGAAGAUCCCCGGACGACCAAAUCCAUGAUUUUGGAGGACUAUCAGCUUGCUCCUGGCUUUCUCAGUGGUUUAGAACGGUUUAGAGUUGCAUCUACUGUUUAUAUUGAACCAAAGGAAGAUAAAGAGGGUGAAAUUGCUCCGGCCGUAGGUGAACCAGAAAGGACUUUAUUAGACUACGACGGAGCUGGAGAGGUGGGCGAAAAAAUGGACCAACAGAGAGUCGAAAAACUCAAGAGCAGGCUCGGUAUGGAUGAGUAA